AUGCGACCUCAAAUUCUUCUCGCGGCCCUGGCUCUUGUUGAGUUCGGUGCUGCUGGUCCUUGCAAGCCUAGCAGUCGAAACACAGCGAGCAGUGCACUCUUGACAUCGUCAGUUCCGACUGCCGAUUUUAUUCAGACAUCCAUAAAUGAACAGAAUGGUCAAACGAGCAUCGUAAGUCGCUCCGCGACGGUUUCUAUCGAGACCGUUACAGAAGUUCCAGGCCGUCAGUCUACUGUUGUUGACGGCAAUACUGUCACGAAUCUGGUGGAGACAUCGACAAAGGUACAAAAUGAUCAAGCGACCACCGAAAGUCACUCAGUCACGGUUUCUACUGAGAUCGCUACAGAGAGUACAGCGAAUAGUGCAUUCUUGACAUCAUCAGUUCCUACCACCGCUCUUGCGGAGAGUUCUACCGACAUAAAGAACGAUGAAUCGACCGUCGAUCUCGCAGCCACGCUUUCCACUGGAACUGCGACCGAGGUUUCAAGCAGCCACAUUAUUAUCGAUAGCAACACUGUCACAACCUACCUACCAUCCACCGACGUCCCAAGCCUGACCUUGGCUCAAUCUACAACCGCAACCGAAGAAGAAAUCACCAUCAUCACCAAUGCGAUCGAGGGCGGUUCAUUCGCUAGUCGUGAUCCUAACAGCCCAAGCGGCCUUACAAACUUCAACGCAGAAGGCAACGCCGACUUCCACUCAGGCGGCUGCUACAAAGGAGACAAUAGUCAAGAUGAUGGAUGCGCCGCCUUGUCAGCCACUGGAGAUCCCGGUAGUAAGCGAAGUCUCUUUGGCAGAAUGGCUCGUAUCUAUCAAACCGUCAGAUCUGUCCCUCGAAGGAAGAACACUAUCCAGUUCUUCUACCAUCUCACCUCUGGCGGCGACUGCACUGUGGCCGCGAGAUUUGGUGGCAGUCAGUUUUGGUCUGCUGCUGCUUCUAGAGAUGCUGGCUCUUGGGUCAAGGUCCUCGGGCAGGUCGAAGCUUUGGAUGGUUCGCCGAUCUUUGAUGUCUCCUUGACGUGCAGUAGUGCCGACAGUUCUUCUAUUCUGGUAGACUCGAUCUUUAUCUCUGAUAAGGUCACUCCGGAGACAAUUGAGAAUGUUCAGCUCGACUUUGGCUCAGCCCCGGUUCCUGAUGUUACCACUCCUGUCGAUUUCACAUCUCGGUCAGUACGGACCAGUGGUUCACCAAGCUCGAACACCGCCAAGGUCAUGCCGACAACGUCUUCGGAUCAACGAACGUCUACCAGUUCCAAGGAAGUCACAAUGGAAGGAUCGCCACCAGUCAUUGAAACCACUGCCAUUGAAACAUUCGCUACCACAUCUCCUCACCUUGUGGAACUCAGUAGUUUCGCCGAGAUCACAGCGGAGCGUUCGCCUCCCAGUACGGAUACCGCCUCACCGGCAUUUUACAUUACUACAUCUGUUGAUCGUCAAGAAACCAACAGACCAACCUCUGAUGGAUCCGGUGAAACCACGAUGGAAGGACCAUCUUCCGUAACGGAUACCCCAUCUUUUGAGUCCCACGUUGCUACAUCUAUUGAUCCUGAAGAGUUGCGAACAUCCACAGAGGGUAUAGAAGUCACGGCAGAAAGGUCGCCUGCUGUGACCGACGUCACCCUCGAAACAACUGCGACUACCUUCACCAACGCUGAAGGGACCCUAUUGACCUCUGGAAGUUCCAGAGAAAUCACUAUGGAAGGAUCGCUUUCUGUCAUUGAAACCACAGCAAUCGAGUCUGACGCUCCUACAUCUGCUGAUCCCGAAGAGACAAAGAUACCGUCCUUCCUUACAACCACCAAGCCCGAGGAGGACGAAAUCAGCACUUCAAUAGUUGCGGGCCAGGCAAACGAUACUCCAACCUCCAAGACCACAACAGCUGAGCUGGCCGAGUUAACAGGCUGCUCAGCCACUUGUACCCUCAUCGAAGACUACCAGCAACACUACGACGAUUUCGGCUGUAACCUCAAUGGCGUAUUUACGAAGACCGAUGCCAUCUACGGCUUCGGUAGUGACGACAAUCCUAAUAUGCAAUUCUACGCCCGAGAUGUCGAACAAUGCUCCGAGUUUUGCAAGAUACAAUUUCCAGGUUGCAAGGCAGUUGGCUUCCAGAAACUCUCGAGCAGAUGUUUCUUCUCCAACACCCUUGUCACGCGUGAGGAGGUGCGCGAUGGAAGGGAUAGUCAGAUGGUCGAUUGGUACAAUAUCAACAAGUGCUUUGAGUGUAGUAUGGACUGCGGUGAAGAUAUACCCCCCGUGGAGAUUAUUUCUACCCAGGUCCAUAAGCCCACUACUACCGCACCGGUUCUAUUCACAACCACCAAGCAACUCCCAUCCAAGACUGAAUCUACUGAGUCUGCGCAGUCGACCUGUUCUCCAACAUGCCAUAGAGUCGACGAUUUUACUUGGCAUGCGGAAAAUUGGAGCUGCGGCCUCUACGGAGCAGCCAGUGGUGACAUUUAUACUCUACCUGCCGAUAUGCCUGGAGAUACGCUCCGUUAUGAAAACGUCAACGAAUGCGGUGCUAUCUGCAAGACUCUGCCUGGCUGUAAGUCAGCCGGAUAUCAGCCUGCAUCCAUGCGAUGUUUCUAUUCAAACUCUGUGGUGACCGAGGUGACCCAAGCGAGCGAUAGUCAGUCUGCCGAUUGGAACAGCUUGAAGUGCUUCAGAUGCGCUGGCUGUGGAUUUGACGAUCCAGACCCACAUGAGACCACUACAACUGAGGCAUCUACACCUGAGAUGCCUUCUACUACUCAUGAAUUAUCCAGCUUUGUCACCACGACUAGAGCCUCCCAGCCAACGGGCGUUUGCUACAACAACCGUGGCCAGCAAUGUGAAAUCAGCCACUCCGGUGUCGAGAACAACCCAUUUGUCUGUAUCACCGCAGGCGUCUUCAUUGGCGAAAGCUGGACAGAACCCCGUUCUAAAUACCCCAUCCAAGAGAAUCCAGAAGGAUGCGCCGCCAUAUGCGACACGCUCCCCAACUGCGAGACAUCCGCCUUCUUCGGCUCCGAGAACCAUUGCCUCUUCACAUCCACCAGGGUUACAGCAGCGGACUUUGCGGAACCUGAUCCUAACUAUGAAGAACCCGGCUUCGACCCAAAGAACGCUGUGUGGAGUCAUAGAUCAUGUUACACAUGCCCCACCUGCAUUCCAAGGAACGAUCCCCUGCCUAAGAGGCCAACCUGCAACUACAAGGCUGGCGAUUCUUGCACACGAAAAGAGAACACAAACGCUGUAUGCGAUUUCUCGGGAGUGUUGAACAACAACUAUUAUCAGUAUAGCUCGUCUUUGUAUCCGGAAGUGAAUCAGGAUACAGCCGCAAAAUGCGCUGCUAUCUGCCGGACCAGGAAGGAUUGUAUGGGAUCUGCUUCUAUUGGUGGUUCUUGUUAUUUCACUUAUCAAGUUAUGACUACUGGAUCCUUUAGGCAGAUGCAAGGAAUCACCCAUGUGUGGGAUGAUCCAUCCUGUUGGGAUUGUCCUGGCUGUCAUACAUAG